CCGCGUUUUAAGCGAUCCUCUCGCAAUGCACUCACCAAAUAUUGCUUGUUCGAAAGGCAUUCACGCCGACAGCGCCACAGGCACAUUUCAAAAGUUGAUCAGGAGCCUCUAACUUUUGAGUAGCAUGACUAUUAAUUUACUCAUUUGACCCCAGAUCGUACGCACAGCACCGUCCAGCCGUGCGCAGUUCGGUCAUCAGGCAAACCAGUCGCUUUCAGUUUGGAUAGUCAUAUGGAUAUAAGAUCGUGUUCAGUCGUCCCUGUCGACGAAGUUGGCCAUCAUACUGGUACAAUACUCCCAUACGACAUCACCAUACAACUACCAUCAUCAUCACAUCGGUCCAUUACUACAUACAUCCGUCCAUACAUCCAUCACUCUACUCUACAUACCGAUGUCUGCUUCUACCACCAUACUCACCCUCUACUUCCUCCUCCUCACCAGUACUCAACUUACCAGCGCCCAUCUCAUCAAACGCAAGGGCGCUGGUGGCGGAGGCGGUGGUGCUCGCGGCGGCGGAUCCUUUACAGCCAGCGGCGGUGGCGGCGGCGGUAGCGGCGGCUCCGAAUCAUUGACCCACGACCAAUGGUCACUUAUCUUCAUCAUUGUCGGCACCAUCUGCGGUGUCAUCGUUUCUGCGAUCGUCGGUGUCAGAGUCUACUGGUGUAUCCGGACACGGAGACGGGCUGUCGCAUUGCGUCAACAAUUCGAGAAGCACGCUCGAUACCCGUACGCGAGCAGCGAUAGCUCCACUACCAAGCUUAGCCCCACGGCUAUGGUCGGUGUGCGAAAGCCCGAGAGGAUGUACCUGCGUUUUUAAAGCCUAUGGCUUCUUUAUGUCUUCAUGAUCACGAUUUCUACGAUUUGGUUUUGGGAGGGUGUUUAGAUCUGUACGAUUACUAGAGUGUGUUUUCGGAUCUGCUUGUAUGAAUAUGUGUACGAUUAAUUAUGUCUUGUUGUUGUUUCUUUGGCGGGUGUUUGGGGAUUAUCUUUUCACGAGUUCUGUAUUACUAGUUAGACGUUUCAACGAUAGAAUAACGGUCGAUAGAUGUACUUUUAGGCGUUCUUUUGGGUGUACUUCAGUAAUAUCCUUUAAUGAAUAUUUCAGAUUGGC